AUGGGCAAAAAGGAAAAGGGAAAGCCAAAUCCAUUGGGGGAAGUGAGCAGAGAUUAUACUAUUAAUCUUCAUAAGGCUGUUCACAAGGAAACAUUCAAGAGAAAGGCUCCUCGUGCAGUCAGUCACAUUAUUAGAUUUGCUCAAAAGAAUAUGUUGACAGAGGAUGUUAGAGUUGAUCCACAAUUGAAUGAAGCAGUUUGGAAGACUGGUAUCCGCAAUUUGCCAAGAAGAAUCAGAGUCAGACUAUAGAGAAAGAAGAAGGAAGAAGACGACGGAAAAGGCAAAUAUUACACUCUUGCUCAGUAUGUUCCAGUUGACACAUUCGCAAACCUCAAGACAGAGAUCACAAAAGUUUAAUGAUUUACAUAAUUGUACAAUACAAUAUAUUAAAUAUGUUUCUUAAA